AGUGCCAGAGUGGGGCGAGCAGAAGGGUGGAAGAUGCCAGGGCUGAGUCGGAGUUGACUCAGUCCACCAAGGGGGGCUUGUGCGAAGAGAGAAUGUACCUGCUGCUGUCCUUCCUCUUCCUCUUCCGGCUCGCAGGCUCAGCUGACAUCAUAGGUCCAGCAGCAGUCAGAGGCCCCGUUGGGGGCCAACUGGCCGUGCACUGUCGCUAUGGCCCCGGGUGGGAGACCUACCGUAAGUGGUGGUGUCGAGGAGCCGUGUGGAGUGACUGCCAUAUCCUCGUUCUUACCGACGGAUCAGAGCGGGAAGCGAAGCGUGACCGAGUAUCCAUCAAGGACGAUUGGAAAUCGCAGAUGUUCACGGUGACCAUGGAGAAGCUCAGGUGGAACGAUACAGACGCUUACUGGUGUGGGAUUGAAAGGACUGGAGUUGACGCUGGGGUCAUUGUUCAAGUGGCCAUUGACCCAGCACCAACUACAGUACCAACCUCCAUCACCCCCUCAACCACCAUGUCCACUGGGACAGCAGAGACUGCGGCCAGCUACCAGUCCAGUGACAGCUCUAACUCCAUGAAGCUCAGCAUCCUGAUUCCCCUCACUGUGGUUGUGUUGCUGCUUCUCCUGGUGGCGGCCUCAUUCUUGGCUUUGAGGAAGAUGAGGCAACAGAACGAAGCUGCUGGGGUAUCCCCAGAGCAGGUGGUCCAGCCCCCGGAAGGGGAGGGGGAUAUCUGCUAUGCAAACCUGGCCCUGCAGUCAACCAGCACCUCCCACGAGUCCUCCCAGAAGAAGGGCUGCACAAAGUCCUCCUCCUCUGCCCCGGAUGACCAGCCGGAAGUGGAAUAUGUCACCAUGGCCCCCCUCCAGAAGGAGGAGAUUCCUUAUGCAGAUCUUUCUUGGGAGCUUUUGAAUCAGGACGCAACCUAUUGCAACAUGAGCUUCCACGUUGCCCACGUUCCCAGCAGGAGCCAAGAGGAAUCCAUGGCAUACAGCAGCAUCAGGAGAUCUAAGCCUGGGCUCCAGGCGCCCCUCACCCACCCCACAUAAGGCCUGUGAGCCUGUUCCUGCUCUGUCUGCUUCCUGCCCCCAGUCGCUUCACGGGGACCAACCGGUGACUGAAGCCUGGUCUCAGGGGGCUUUCGGGAGGGAGCUGGCUUUUCUCCCAUACAGCUUGGAAGGGGUUUGGGGAUAUAUACUCUGCAGCUGCCAAGGGAGUAAUAAUAAUAAUGAUUAUAAUAAUAAUUAACCUUUAUUUAUUGUUUACCAUAUGUGGUGAGGUGAAUAAUGGCCCCCAAAGUUAUCUGUGUCCCAAUCCCCAGAACCUGUGAAUAUGGCAGAAGGAGUCACGUGGGUGUAUGACCUCGAGGAUUUUGAGAUGGGGGAGUAUCCUGGAUUCUCCAGCGGGGCCCUAAGUGUAAUCGCCAGGGUCCUUGUAAGGAGACAAGGUCACAAGAGGAGAUGGCAGCCGAUGAUAGAGGCAGAGGCUGGAGUGAUGUGGCCAGAAAAGACAAGUGAUGGAGUGUCCCCUGGAGCCUCGAGAAGGAACCAGCCCUGCCAACACCCUGACUUUAGUGCAGUGAAACAGAUUGUCCUGCUGGGCUUCAGGACUGUAGGAGAAUAAACUGAUGUGGUGUUAAUGAAGCCA